GCCCAAAGUAUGUGUGUACAUGUUUUCUAAUUCAUCUUCACUGACCUUUAGUGACACGACAUGCUAAGCAACAUCCCACGCCUUAUCUGUAUGCCUCCUCGUAGUGUUGGCCAUGUUUUGCAUCAGCGUCUGUUCAUGCAGUCGGCGCUCACUCAAAAGUCCUUCCCACAGCUUGUGCAAGAGAUCAAGGCUAGCAAUAAAAACAUUCAUCAUAUCUCUCCCAGGGACCUUCACGCAUUAAAAUCAAACACUUAUAGCUCUGCUCAAAACCCACGAUUGCCUCCUCACAUCAUUGAUGUUCGUGAACGACAUGAAGUUGAGACUACAGGCACCAUUCCAGGAGCCAUUGUCUUGCCGAGAGGUAUCCUCGAAAGAGAUGUUGGCAAGUACUUGAAGCAAAAUGAUCCAAGGGAUGUGGUCGUUUAUUGUGCGGGCGGCUUCAGAUCGAUCCUUGCCGCUGAGUCUCUUGUUAGAUUAGGAUAUGGUGUUGAUGAGAACGAACAGAGCGGAGGAGCGGAAGCUGUAUCGAAUGAAAAAGACAUGCCAAAAGUAUGGAGCCUUGACGAGGGCAUGGAUGGUUGGAUCAAAAGUGGUUAUGAGGUUGAGAAAAAAAGCAAGUGAGGGGUGUCAACAGUAUUUAAUAAAAUUGCAUUCAAAAAAGGCGGUAUCCGGGGACAUCAAAUGGUUCUUCAAAUCACACGAUGCAUUUAAAUAAAAGCCACGGUGACAUGCACAGAGUA